UUUCAAUGUUUGAUUGCAAAGGCUGCAUCAAAUAAUGUCGUUCCUCAAUCUUCCAUAUCCAUUACUAAGUGUGAUAUUAAUUAGUUAUUUGAAAUAUUCGGCAUCUGUUGAAUCUUUGACGAGUGCAAGCAGCAAUCUUUCAUCUGGAGUUCAUCCAAAAAUAUUCGGAAAUGAAACUGGAUACAAGUUGAAAAAUCAAGCGUCUGUUGUUUCAACCAUAAGUCCAUAUCAUGAUGAAACAAAAACAGAAGACAACGACGAUAAAAUGUUUGAUGAAUCAAGUCAAUACAGAAAAAAAGAUGAAGGAAAAAAAGGUCAUAAGAGAGCUAAAUUCGGAGAAAAAGCCGGACACAAAAAAGGACAUGCUACUAAAGGUUUUCAUAAUAUGUUUCAUAAAGAUGAGUAUCAUAAAGAACAUAAGAUCUAUCUUGAUCCCAUCAAUGGAGGUGGAGCAUAUUCAAAUAUCCAAGUCAAUUAGGUAAUCAUGCAGAUUUGAAGAUGAACAAGCCUAAGAGAAUGAAUUAAUUCAUACAUUUAUUGAGAACCUGACUUCAUAAAUCCAUAGUAUUAGGCACAGUGAAAUGAUAUAUUUAAUUCUCCUUUAUCAUGUCGUUACCCGUUUCGAAUGAAAAUCCUUCCUAUCCAAUUUACAUGAUAUUACAUUUCAAAGUUACAAUUCAAAGACAUUUGUUCAGAAUAAUUGUUUGAACUGCAUGUGAAAUGAAUAUUUUGCUAUGUAUUACUUUCUUCUUUAAUGAACAAGUAAUAUAUUUUU